AUGGAUGCUCAUCCCAUCCCCGACGUCAUCCCCGAGAUCCAAAACUGGCUCGACUCCAACUGGGAGAAGAUCGCCUCAUUCUGGCUCCAUGCUGAUUGGCGAGGUUGGGCUCGAUACGACCUUUACGCCCAUCUCGCAAAGAGCAUGUGCAGGGAAGUCAGGCAAGAUUAUCCCAGGCAGGACUACGUCGUCUCCCACAGUGUACCCUUAUGGGGAGAGAAUCAGCCCGACGUGGACCUCACUGUCGGACAUGCUGCCAACCAGAAGGUGAAGGAUGUGGCGAUCUGGGUUUGCACCGCGACGCCGGGGGAGAAUGACACCAGUUUUCCCAACUUCGUGGAGAGAUUUCAACGGGAGUGGAAGUUGCUCCAGGACCUGACCAAGGCGAAUGGCGGUGGUGACUGCGAGGGUGGUAAGCUGCUCUUUCUGGGAAUUGGGGAGAAGGCAUACGAUGAGGAUGACCUGGAUUUCGGUGGUCUGAAGCCAGAGUAUUUCGGUUAUGGGGGAAGGAGUGAAUAUGAGGCAGCUCUCUAUGUAUACUAUCUGUGGCUCGAUCUGCCAGAGACAAAAGAGUAG